UCCCUGGCCCCACCUCUUCUGCCACAAACGUCAGCAUGGUGGUAUCUGCCAGCCCUUGGUCCAGUGAGAAGGCAGAGAUGAACAUUCUAGAAAUCAAUGAGAAAUUGCACCCCCAGCUGGCAGAGAACAAACAGCAGUUCAGAAACCUCAAAGACAAAUUUCUUGUAACUCAAGUGGCCUGCUUCCUGGCCAACCGGCAGAAGAAAUACAAGUAUGAAGAGUGCAAAGACCUCAUAAAAUCUAUGCUGAGGAAUGAGCUACAGUUCAAGAAGGAGAAGCUCGCAGAGCAGCUCAAGCAAGCUGAGGAGCUCAGGCAAUAUAAAGUCCUGCUUCACUCUCAGGAACAAGAGCUGACCCAGUUAAGGGAGAAGUUACGGGAAGGGAGAGAUGCCUCCCACUCAUUGAAUCAGCAUCUCCAGGCCCUCCUCACUCCGGAUGAGCCAGACAAGUCCCAGGGGCAGGACCUCCAAGAACAGCUGGCUGAGGGGUGUAGACUGGCAAAGCACCUUGUCCAAAAGCUCAGCCCAGAAAAUGACAAAGAUGAGGAUGAAGAUGUUCAAGUUGAGGAGGCUGAGAAAGUGCAGAAAUCAUCUGCCGCCAGGGAGGUGCAGAAGGCUGAAGAAAAGGAAGUCCCUGAGGACUCACUGGAAGAAUGUGCUGUCACUUAUUCAAAGAGCCACGGCCCUUAUGACUCCAACCAGCCACACAGGAAAACCAAAAUCACAUUUGAGGAAGACAAAGUCGACUCAACUCUCAUUGGCUCAUCCUCUCAUGUUGAAUGGGAGGAUGCUGUACAAAUUAUCCCAGAAAAUGAAAGUGAUGAUGAGGAAGAGGAAGAAAAAGGGCCAGUGUCUCCCAGGAAUCUGCAGGAGUCUGAAGAGGAGGAAGCCCCCCAGGAGUCCUGGGAUGAAGGUUAUUCGACUCUCUCAAUUCCUGUUGACAUGUUGGCCUCAUACCAGUCUUACAGGAGCACCUUUCACUCAUUAGAGGAACAGCAAGUCGGCUUGGCUCUUGACAUAGGCAGACAUCGGUGGGAUCAAGUGAAAAAGGAGGAUCAAGAGGCAACAGGUCCCAGGCUCAGCAGGGAGCUGCUGGAUGAGAAAGAGCCUGAAGUCUUGCAGGACUCACUGGAGAGAUGUUAUUUGACUCCUUCAGGUUAUCUUGAACUGCCUGACUUAUGCCAGCCCUACAGAAGUGCCGUUUACUCAUUGAAGGAACAGCACCUUGGCUUGGCUCUUGAUGUGGACAGAAUUACAAAGGACCAAGGAGAGGAAGAAAACCAAGGCCCCCCAUGCCCCAGGCUCAGCAGGGAGCUGCUGGAGGUAGUAGAGCCUGAAGUCUUGCAGGACUCACUGGAUAGAUGUUUUUCAACUCCUUCCAGUUAUCUUGAACUGCCUGAUUCAUGCCAGCCCUAUGGAAAUUCCUUUUACUCAUUGGAGGAACAACAUGUUGGCUUUUCUCUUGACGUGGACGAAAUUGAAAAGUACCAAGAUGGGGCAGAAGAUCGAAACCCACCAUGCCCUAGGCUCAACAGCAUGCUGAUGGAAGUGGAAGAGCCUGAAGUCUUGCAGGACUCACUGGAUAGAUGUUAUUCGACUCCUUCAACUUACUUUGUACUACCCGAUUCAUUCCAGCACUACAGAAGUGCGUUUUACUGAUUUGAGGAACAGCAUGUCAGCUUGGCCCUUGAUGUGGACAAUAGGUUUUUUACUUUGACAGUGAUAAGGCUCCACCUGGUCUUCCAGAUGGGAGUCAUAUUCCCACACUAAGCAGCCCUUACUAAGCUGAGAGAUGUCAUUCCUGCAGGCAGGACCUAUAGGCACGUGUAGGUUUGAAUGAAACUGUAGUUCCAUUUGGAAGCCCAGACAUAGGAUGGGUUGGUGGGCAUGGCUCUAUUCCUAGUCUCAGACCAUGCUAGGUAUGAUCUGUCAUACAUUCUAAUUUGAAUCAUGUAUCUCUGGGUAGCUACAAAGUUCCUCAGGGAUUUCAUUUUGCAGGCAUGUCUCUGAGCUCAAGGUCAGUGUCAUCUUUGUGUUGAGCUCCUCCAAAGGUGUUACCCUGGUUUCAAUGAACCUAACCUCAUUCUUUAUAUCUUCAGUGUUGGCUUGUUUUAGCUGAUCCAUCUGUAACACAGGAGGGAUUCUUGGCUGAGGAUUGUAUUUCAGAACCACCGACUGCUCUUGACAAUUGUUAACCCGCUAGGCUCCUUUGGUUAGAGAAGCCACAGUCCUUCAGCCUCCAGUUGGUAUCAACACUUAGGAAGACCACAGCUAGAUGGACAAACAGCAUUGAGAGGCCUUAGCCCUGCUCCUCUCAAUUCCAUCCUGUAGCGAACAGGAGUCAGGAGCCGCUGGCAGGAGACAGCAUGUCACCCGGGACUCUGCCGGUGCAGAAUAUGAACAAUGCCAUGUUCUUGCAGAAAACACUUAGCCUGAGUUUCAUAGGAGGUAAUCACCAGACAACCGCAGAAUGUAGAACACUGAGCAGGACAACUGACCUGUCUCCUUCACACAGUCCAUGUCACCACGAAUCACACAACAAAAAGGAGAAGAGAUAUUUUGGGUUCAAAAAAAGUAAAAAGAUAAUGUAGCUACAUUUCUUUAGUUAUUUUGAACCCCAAAUAUUUCCUCAUCUUUUUGUUAUUGUCAUUGAUGGUGACAUGGGCUUGUUUGUAGAGGACAGGUCAGCUGUCUGGCUCAAUGAUCUACAUUCUGAAGUUGUCUGAAAAUGUCUUCAUGAUUAAAUUCAGCCUAAACGUUUUUCCGGGAACACUGCAGAGUCAGUGCUGUGAGUUUCCAACCUCAGCCCAUCUGCAGGCAGAGAAGGUCUAGUUUGUCCAUCACCAUUAUGAUAUGAGGACUGGUUACUUGGUUAAGGAGGGGUCUAGGAGAUAUGUCCCUUUUAGAGGCACCUUACUUAUAAUGAAGUAUUUAGGAAAGUGGUUUUCAAAAGUAUAAAUAUCCUGUAUUCUAAUGAUCAUCCUCUAAACAUUUUCUCAUUUAUUAAUCAUCCCUGCCUGUGUCUAUUAUUAUAUUCAUAUCUCUACACUGGAAAUUUUCUGUCUAAUUUUUCCUGUGCCUUUGUUUUUGCUAGUGUCUGUUGUUGCAAAAAAAAAAUUCUCUGCCUGAGUUUUAAUUUUUGUCCAAAGUUAAUUUUAAUCUAUACAAUUAAAAACUCUUGCCUAUCA